UUGAACCGACUCCGGGAUUUCCGGGAUUUCGUAGAACUGGGUUCGCUCAAGCCCAGUGAAACAACUUCGCCCUCAAUCGCUGGGCAAAAAUGUUAAUAGGAACAAGACAAUCGAUACUGUGAAUCGUGAUCGUGGCCCUUUUUUGUUGCUUUCCUUUCACGCUGUGAACUAUUUGGAAUACGUUUCCAGAGUUGGCAACAACCAACUCAGUUUGACAGCGGACAACAACAAGCUCUCUUCCGAAUAGUUACUUAGUUAUCAGUUUUAAAUAGGUGACCGGUCAGACAGCAGGUAAUCGACGAAAAUAACAGCCUGUUACGAUUUAACAUUCAUGUUGUUGGGGACAAUAACUUACGACAGACAGAUCCUGCUUAGCAACAUUCCAGUUAGUCCUGUUCAAGUUUUGUAUCACCCUACUUCAUCUGAGGACAUGUGAGUGUGUGCUAAUCCCAGGCAGGAACUGUCAGGGAAAGUUUGACAGGGAAAGUUUUUGGAGUGCCCACUGGAUGCAGAAAUCAGACCACAUACAGACUGAGGUGACCGUCAAAGUCUUUGAAAUUUGUAAAGAUGCCUGUUCCUCCUCCCCCACCACCUGGACCUCCACCGCCACCCACCUUUAGCCAGGCAAAAACCACUCCUCCAAAACUUUCUCGAGAUGAAGGCAAGGGAAGAGGUGCUCUGCUGACAGACAUCUGCAAAGGAAAGAAUUUAAAGAAAGUCAAUGUGGUUAAUGACAGAAGUGCCCCUGUCAUUGAAAAGCCUGGAGGUCGAGGUGGCAGUAGUGGUGCCAGUGGGGGAGGUGGAGGUGGUGGUGGUGGUGGAGGAGGAGGAUUUGGAGGUGGUUCUGGGCCGAUGGCCAUGGGAGGGUUGUUCAGUGGAGGUGUACCUAAACUACGGCCAGUUGGAGACAGUUCUGUGGGAAGGUCAGCACUGCGGCCACCUGGCUUUCGCCCUGCAGUGUCCCGUGUUGCAAGUCAUUCAGAGCUGGAUGGUUCUGGCCGUAGUGGAGAAGGAGAUCGCGCAACACCUCCUGAACCACCACGAAACCAACGUCCUUCACUGCCAGAAGUCUCCAAAUCAUCUGCAGUCAGCAGCUCCACAAAACCCAGCAACUCAGCCCCGCCUCCACCCCCGACGUUCAAUCGCACCGGCAACCGUGGAGCCUCCUCAGCACAACAGGCUUCUGGGUCGCCUCACAGUCGCGAGAAACCCCUUCCACCACCUCUUGCAACCAAAGGUCCUCCUCCACCGCCAUCAUCUUCUCGUGAUGGACCUCCUAGACACCCCCCCCUUUCAUCUCGCUCUUCUUCAUCCUCAUCCUCAUCCUCCUCAAACGCACCCCCACCACCACCUCCUUAUCGCCAGCCACCUAAUGUUGCAAAUGGUGAGCCAGCACCUGAGUUGCCAAAGAGGCGAAACUCAUUGAACAAGAGGGGACAUUCCAAUGCUAACGUUCGUGGCCAGGCUCCACCUCCUCCCCCUCCUGCCCAACAGAACAGACGACCCCCACCACCAGCACGUGACCCAGUGGGCCGCAGCACAGCUCCUCAGGUUCCUCCUCCUGGGUCUCGUAAUGGGGUUCGGGAAACGCCACCCCCUCCGCCUCCUUAUAGGCCACAAACCUCCUCUGAACCCCUUUGUCGAGGGAAGCCCCCUCCUCUCUCCUCCACCGGACGUCAGCCUUCAGGACAUGCACCUCAUCCUCCACCUCUCCGGAAUGGACAUACACCAUCUGUCUCAAAGUCCUUUACUGAUGAUUUCGAGACCAGGUACGAAUUCCACCCAAUAGAGGAUCUGCCUCUUCCUGAAGAAUACAGACCUUUCCAGAAGAUCUAUCCCAGCAAAACCAACAGGGAAAUAGUGAGAGGUGCUCCUCCACUGCCUCCUGUAGGAAGGUGAAAACCAGUCAGGGACGUGAAGGACCAAAAAGAGAGGAUGCAUACACACAAAUACAUGGCACAUAAUGUGUUUAUAUGUGUGUGUUUGGGUGUCAUACAAACAAUAAUUACAUAUACAAACACACUAAUACAGCAACACUAUAUACAUACACUACAUGAUUUAUCAUCCAAACCAUUCCAGACCUCUAGAACUGAAAACACUGUGCAAUAUCCCUGUGCUGCCUAGAAAAUGCACCUUCUCAUAUUGUGCCCGAAAACAGAGGCACAGCGUAGCGAUUAAUCCAGAGCAGACGACUCCAAUUACCAUGGAGCUAGAUGCAUGCAUUCCACCUCUUUCUCACAGCCACCAAAGUUUUAGAUUUGUUUAAUAAAUGGAAAAAUGUGUAGCACUUGUAGAUUAUUGAUGUCUAUGCAUAUGGAUUCUUAUAAGACGCAUGUCUGUGUUUCUCUGGACAAUCAUUCUGUUGUAGCAAUUUAUGUUUUGUGCGUGUUUCUCUCUAUAUUUUAUAUAUUUUAUUCUCUCUCUCUCUCUUUUUUUUUCUUCAACUCAAAGAGGUGUGUCCAGGAAUAAGUUCAUUUAAAUUUUAAAUGUAUUUUAUUCUCUCUCUCUCUCUUUUUUUUUCUUCAACUCAAAGAGGUGUGUCCAGGAAUAAGUUCAUUUAAAUUUUAAAAGUGUUUGCUCACACCACACAGGCCAUGAAAAGGCCCUUCCUUCUUUAAACCAUAGUCAUGUAUUAUUUUAUUUUCCUGGUCACAAUACAGAGCAGUAUGCUGUAGAUAGGGAAUAUUAUAAUUAUUUUUCACUUAUUUUAACUUUCUAAUAGUUUGUUGAACAGCUAAGUAUGUGAGAACAUCAGUGAACAUCAUUCCUUUUUUUGUUGUUGAGCCUAACGCCCCUUGUUUGCUUCACCUCUGUCAUGAGUACCUUUAAUAGCCUGUACUGUUAUCUCAACUAAGUGAAGAACCCAGUUUUUGUUGAAUCCAAACUACUUAAUAACUGACCGAAUACACUAAGUGCCAUGUGAUCUCCCAUAGACUUGGCGGUGAUUUUAAAUGUUUUUUUUUUAAAUGUAUUUUUGCAUUUCUGCUUCUCUUGUACUUCAUGCAGUCUUGUAGUACCAUCAUCUGGCUCAUCUGCACCCUUUCUCUUACUGGGUACCACGUUUUAAGGACAUUAUGCAUUGCCUUUUAAAUCUUUUAUAUAUAUAUAUAUAUAUAUAUAUAUAUAUAUAUAUAUAUAUAUAUAUACCUAAACAAAGCUGAAUAUCAGGAAAUAGUUUUAUUGUAGAUUAUUUUGUAUACAACACUACAAGUAUGGGCGUUUUUUUAGGGCUGUUUCAAUUUUGUGACAUUGUGUCAUAAAGAAUGAAAUGUCAGUACCAAGAACACUUUAAAUCUUUAAAUGUUGAGGCAUUUUUGGCCAUUAAUUUUUUUAAGAUUUUACUGGGGUCAAAGAUCAUUCUGAAUGUAAUGUUAUCCGUGUCUCUGAAUAUGUUUAACGGCUUGUCAACUUAAUCAUUUUGAAAUAAAAAAGGGAA